GAUGGGCCGCUCCAAAAUCCAAGUGAAGAGCUCUGAUAGGUAAGUUCCCCAGCCCUGUGGAACACCCCAGGUGGGGCGUGGGGCCUCCCCCAGAGUGGAAUCCAGGAAGUACUUUAUUCGAUCCUCGCUGAUGCGAUUCCCCCCACCACCUUCCUCUGCUGAUGCCAGAAAGCCAACGCUGUGGGGGAUGAUCUUGACAAGGAUGCGCACAAGCUGCCUCAUCUCAUCCAUGGGCCCUCUGCGCGCUGCCUUGCUGCGCUGCCCCGCCGAAUCACCAUUGCCAUGAUCAUGCUGUUCCUGCUGCUGUCUGUGGGCUGCAAGUGGCUGCUCAAUCAUCGGGUACUGCACAAUGAAGUUGCCAAGAGCACCCCCCAAGCUGGGGGAUUGCUGUGGAGGGGCUGCCCCAUUCGGUGCGUGCGUGUACAGGAGGGCUGGUGAAGGCAGUUCAGGCGGGGGAAUGUCAGGCUGCGAAGGCAGUUCGGGAGGAGCCGUUAGGUCCUGUGUCAAGACAGGCUGUGAAAGCCCUUCGGCUGCGCCCCCUCGGACAUCAGCCGCUGUCAUGCUCAUCCCAGACAUUUGAACGCUGGCAGGCUGAGUCUCCAGCGAGACCAGAUCAGAGAGCUGGCUGAGGCCCUGGGCAGUGGGAUCGCCAUACGAGAUGUCUUUCACGUCUUGGUCAGGGGUCAGCCGGCGCUUCGAGGUUCGAGGGCUACGGAGCCCCUUUGCCCGCUUGGACUCCGGGGACGACAUAGCACGGUCGGACAUCGUCCCGGUUCGC